UCUCUCAGAUGGGAAUAAUUCAGUCAGUAAUUAUUACUGAACCUUCACCAAACACAUACACUCUUUCACACAAAUAAUCCUUGCAGUGCAAUCCAUACAAUAAUUUCAUUACAUAUACAAGAUGGAGAUACCACAGCAUUGACAUGACACCUUAACUUAAUACAUAAAUCAUUACCUUAACUCAUACUUUUACUCUCUUACACUCACUUAUACGCCUUCUGUCCUUCAUUAUUCCUUUGGACCCCCAUCAUUAUAAAAAAAAUACUUGUAUAUUGCCAAUAUUAAAUACAAUUGAGGUAAAACCCAGGAGGGUCUUCCUGGGGUUUUUUUUUUGCAUUGCCAGUAUAUGUAAAUACAUGAAUAAAUAUAUGCAAUUAAUUGGAGAAGGGACGAGUCUUGCUUGUGUGUAUAUAUUUUUGCCAAAUGGCCAAGGUGCAUGUGGAGCACCCGUUGCCAGUGCUGCUGAGCCUCUUGAAGAAACACAAGCACACCCUUGGGAAACAGGUGCUGGCCUGGGUGUCAGAUCCCACCUUAUUUGGUCUCAUCAACCACAACACCACCACCAACAACAACAACAACAAUAACAAGGAAAUGCCACUGACGGAGUUGAUGCUCAUCUCAGUGCCCGGCGACCCGACCCCGGACAAGUCCCUGGACAGGGUUCAUCGCCGGGUCAAGGGCAUGGCCAACAUGUUCAACAUGCGGAUCCCCAAGUUCAAAGUCGGCACGCUGGACCAACUGGUGGCCCUGAGCGAGUCCCUGAGCAAAUUCGACGCAGAUGCCGAGGCCGUGACGCACAAGGUCGCCGGCGCUAUUGCGGAAGUGGAGCGGAUGAACAGACACGAGUUGACGAGGGACUUGAAAGUGGACGCCAAGGACGUGUUUCACUUUGUGUCCACCUUUGACUGGGACCACUCGCGGUUCCCGCUCAACAUGUCGGUCAAGAACUUGUCCGAGGCCAUUUUGAAGCAGUAUGAGAAGAUCGGGUCGGAGUUGGACAAGCGGCUUCUCGAGUAUCGUGGGCUCAAGAAGAAAGUGGAAGAGAAAAAUCCUACAGAUGCCAGUGACAAGUUGACCAAGAUGAACUUGCAGGGUGUAGUCAAGAAGCACCACAUGAUUGAAUCUGAAAACCUAGUAACAGCUUUGGUGGUGGUACAAAAGUCCAGAAUCCGCGAAUGGACCAGCUCUUAUGAAUCCCUUGGACCCUAUGUGGUACCAAGAUCUCUUGAAGCCAUUUAUUCUGAUGGGGAUAACACACUUUUUGGAAUCACCAUUUUCAAAAAGUACAUUGAGGACUUCAAGCAUCAAGUCAAUCUGAGACAUCACGCAUUCAGGCAUUUUGAAUUUGUGACUUUGCAAGAGGAUGAGACAAAGAAGACUGAAUUCGCAGCAGUGAAAAAGCAGCUGAGUGAUUUACAUGGAGGUCUGCUCAAGUGGCUCAGGAUUGGCUUUAGUGAGAGUUUCAUCUGCUGGAUGCACCUAAAAGUGCUGAGGCUCUUCGUUGAAUCUGUCUUGAGGUAUGGGCUGCCUGUGAAUUUCACUGGGGCUCUGCUGGAACCCCUCAAGAAGUCAACAGCAGCCAAGAAAACCCUGUUGCAUGCCAUUGACACCCUGUUUGCAGAUACUCAAGACACUUUGUCUAGACAGAAACUGUCUGCCAAGGAUAUUGCAGAUUAUCCGAGUCUCAAGGACAUGAUUUUCAGUGAUGAUACCUUGGAAUACUCUUUCAUUCUGUUUCUUUUCAGCAUUGAGGUCCCAUGAUUCUGAAGAGCAUUGUAUGCUAUCUCUGAAGUAUUUUUCCAUAAGUGACAGUAUGGGGGAACAAUGAAAAGCAUGAUCAGCUUUUUUUUGUUGGAAA